AUGAUGGGUUAUCCAACAUAUUCAGAGGAAUAUCGUAACAUUGUUACUAUUGAAAAGAAAGAUUCUAGUAACUUUAAGAAAACAAAGGGUACGGUAUUGAACCCAUCCGCAAACGAUUUCGUACCUGGAGAGCGAACAGAAUCAACCUAUAGGAUUGACAGAGUCUCUUACGAGACUUUUCCCAUUGUAGACAACAUUUCCAGAACACGAAAAUGCAGCAGAUGUGGUAAAUUAUUCAUCAUUACAUCGAGAAAAUAUAUUUCCACAGAUUGCUGCUUUUACCACUGGGGUAAAUUGCAGCGAGUGGUGUAUAACGGAAAAGAGGAAAGGCGGUAUAGCUGCUGCAGUCAGUCGGCAAUAGCUGAAGGAUGCAGUACAAGCGAAGUUCACGUUUGGAGCGGAUUAAUCAAUGGUAUUAACAAAUUCCAUGGACAGUUUGUUUCCGCUCCCACACCAUACUUAUUUUUAAAUCGAGAGAAGUAUUUCAAAGUGUACGCUAUCGACUGUGAAAUGUGCUUUACGGUCCACGGGCUGGAAAUCGCUAAAGUGACCGUUGUAGGGUUGGGUGGUGAUCUCAUUUACAGUAGUUUUGUACGUCCCGAAAGUGAAAUAAUUGAUUUCAAUACUCGAUUUUCUGGUAUUACAAAGGAUGACAUCCAUCUCGGUACAAAAUCGUUGAGGGAAGUACAAAACGACUUGAUGCGAUUCAUCACUAGCGAAACAAUCCUUAUCGGGCACGGCUUGGAAAAUGACCUACGCGCCUUGAGACUAGUUCAUUAUUUAGUGGUAGAUACUGCAAAAACCUUUCCUCACUGCCAAGGUUUUCCUUACAGGAGGUCCUUGAAGCAUUUGUGUGAGACAAUCUUGAAGAAGAACAUCCAAGGAAAUGCUGGGGGCCAUGAUAGUUUUGAGGACGCCAAUGCUUGCUUGGAACUCAUGAUGUGGAGAGUGAGAAGAGAUUAUUUUGGUCAAUGA